AUGCAGUACACAAUCUCAGCCUUCGCCAUCAUUGGCGCAGUAUCUGCUCUUCCUCCUGCUCCAGAGGCGUAUGGCUACCCGCACCCACCGCCACCGGCAUACAACACAACGAUCAGCUCAAGCAGUUCAUCGACAUGGAGCGCGUCUUCGACUUCAAGCAGCACCUGGACACAGGCACCAUCAUCGUACCCAUGGUCUUCGUCCUCCAGCAGUGUCUCGAGCUCAACGACCAAGAUCGUGCCUCCUCCAAGCGGCUACCCGCACUCAAGCCGCACUAGCACUACUAGCUGUAGCACCUCAACUUCGAAGGUGGUGCCUCCACCAAGUGGGUAUCCCCACCCAGGUCCUCCUGCACACGAGCCUCACCCAUACCCAACUGGCGGUCAUCCAAAGCCGCCUCACCCACAUCCUACCGGGAGCUACCACCCUCAGCCUCCUGUGACCACGAAGCCUACGACCACGCAGACCGUCAUUGGCUACAUUACGACAACCAAGACUGCCACGAUCACGAAGACCGUCCCGACUCUUGUGCCAUGCUCCACCGAGACUUCCUCCAACGGCCAGCACUGGUGGACUACUUACCUCUCGACUUCUUACGUCACAAUCACCACGACUUCAUGCGACACUACGGUCUACCCAGCGCCAACGCCAUACCACCCAGGAGGCCACCCUCAACUACCUGGUUAUCCAUCGCAACCUCAGCCACAGCCACAGCAACCUGGCAGUGGAAAGCCAGGUCAGGGUCAACCACAACAUCCUGGCAUUCCCAUCAUUCCAGGUCAGAGCUACUGCCCAGCUCCCGUGACUGUCACGCAGACCAUCACCGCCAUCGACAGCAAGCCAACACCUCCUACUGGUGGUGAGUGCAAGCACUGCGCAACCGAGACCAUCGUCAUCACUCUUCCCCACGACUACACCACCACGAUGACCGAAACCUACACCGCUCCACCCAACAAGCCAACUCACGGCGGUAAGCCACGACCAUGGUACCCAAUUCCAGGCACCACCACCGUAAAGCCUCAUCCAACUGAAUACCAACCACAUCCAUCUGAGUACCACCCGCACCAAGCUCAGCCGUCCGGCUACAAGCCGCAGCCACACUCUAGCAGCAGCAGCAGCGCCAAAUCUAGCUCUACCUCGACAUCUACCUGGGGAGCACAGCCAUCUGCCUAUGGAUACAAGCACCAGUGGUAG